GUCAGCUGCCGUCCUCUAAUAUGAUUCUUUCAGCGAGGGGGGGGGUGGCCAGGGUCUCAGUCAUCCACCCUGUCUGCUUCGUGAGCGUAUUGAUCAGAGAACUCCACCAUGUAUAUUUGUUGCAGUCGAGCAUAAAGAUCCAUCACUGCGGGUGUCAGAGCCAGAGGAUCCUGGGGGAGCUCUACAGGCCAAACGGGAGCGUUUCGGAUGGGCAACAUCCCCACCACGGUGAAGCACUGCCUGAGCUAUGAACAACUCAUCCAGGAUUAUCCGUGGCUAGGAAGCCGGCUGCAGGAGGAGAAGCGCACUUUAACACGUGAAUAUCCAGAGUAUGUCAAAAUUAUUGAAGUCGGUCCAAGAGACGGACUUCAAAAUGAAAAGGAAAUGGUUCCGACAGGAGUCAAAAUCCAGCUGAUAAACAUGCUCUCAGAAACAGGCCUGCCUGUGAUCGAGGCCACCAGCUUUGUGUCUUCAAAGUGGGUACCACAGAUGGCGGACCACACUGAAGUGCUUCAAGCCAUCCACAGAUCUUCUCAUGCUCGUUAUCCUGUUCUGACACCCAACAUGCACGGCUUUCGGGAUGCUGUUGCAGCUGGUGCUACUGAAGUGGCCGUGUUUGGGUCUGCCUCUGAGACCUUCAGUCGGAAAAAUAUAAAUUGCUCUAUCGAUGCCAGCAUGCUGAGGUUGGAGGAAGUCAUUUGCGCUGCUAAACAACAACAGAUUCCAGUCCGUGGAUAUGUUUCUUGUGCACUAGGAUGUCCAUACGAGGGACCCAUUGAACCCACUAAAGUUACAGAGGUGGUCAAGCGGUUGUAUGAACUGGGCUGCUAUGAGGUGUCUCUGGGGGAUACUACCGGUGUAGGCACCCCAGGUUCCAUGGCCAAGAUGCUGCACUGCGUCAUGAAGGAGGUACCCAGCAGCGCUCUGGCCGUUCACUGCCACGACACCUACGGCCAGGCUCUGGCCAACAUCCUAACUGCACUGCAGAUGGGGAUUUGUGCGGUGGACUCGUCUGUAGCAGGUCUGGGAGGGUGCCCAUAUGCCCAGGGUGCCUCUGGUAACGUGUCAACAGAAGAUGUUCUCUAUAUGCUCCAUGGCAUGGGCAUUAAAACUGGAGUGGAUCUCUCCAAGGUAAUAGAGGCAGGUGAUUUAAUCUGCAAAGCCUUAAACCGCAAGACCAACUCCAAGGUAGCCCAAGCAAGAAGCAAGUCCUCAUGAUUACUCUGUGCAUUGACGCAAGAAGAAGAGAAAGACCUUUCCCUUUAGCACAGUAUUUUGUCCUGUUGAUGCUGCAUAUUGAUAGCCAUUGAUGCUAUAUAAAGUACAAUAUACUUCUUUUUUUUAAACCAAAAUUGAUGGCCAUUUAGCAGAGGCACUUUAUUAAAACGUUGCUGGAUAAGGCCUACUUAAAUUCAAGAAAUAACUGAACACUUUUUAAACCAAAAAACCUCUUCCAGUUAUCAUGUAUAGUCUGUCUGGUAGGAAGUGAAAGACAGAGAUGACUCCUCACUAAGUUAUGAAAGUUAUUCAUGGGUUUCUGUGGGGUUCUCUUCCCAUUCAUUUCCGGCUCAAUGUGGUUACAGUUAGACCUGGGAGGGUCAAGGGAGUCCUGCUGGGUUUAAAACCAGUGAGGGUCGAUCAUUGUCUCACUCAAAAUGUAUUUUCAUUUCCUAAGUCCGUUGCUCCGUCAAGAUGGAAGUCUGUCUGCCUCCAAAUUAAAAUAUGGAUUUUUUUUUUCUCUCUUCAAAUCAAAUUGAGUCAAAUUGUAUUUGUCACAUGCACCGAAUACAACUGGUGUAGACUUUACAGUGAAAUGCAUGCUUAUGAGCCCUUCCCAACGAUGCAGAGUAAAACAAAAUAAUAGUAACACAAUUCAUCCUCACCAGUGCAUGACACCAUUCGAAACCAUAUAGAUGGUCAUUUUAUUCUGUGGAGUUAAAUGGACAGUAGGUGGCAGCUUUAUGUUGACCUAUUCUAUGUGCAAUAGUCAGAGGCCAAAUGUAUUUUAGCUGGAGAAGCCUCUUAACCGUUUAUUUUAGUUGAAGUAGGCCUUCUGAACAUACAGCAUCUCUAAGAACACGGAACAAUAUCAAAUUUUGUAAAUUAAAUCCCUUCAUGAACUUUGUUGUAUAACAAAGUAUUUAACCUCCCUUCCACUAGACAGUACUCCUUUUUAAAUGCCUUUUAAAAUGUCAAUAUACACAAGUAAGUUAUUUUAUUCAUUUGCAUUUCGAUAGUAAUGAAUACAGUUCAAUGUGAAGUACUAUGUGACAGAGUGCUAUAGUAAUAAGAAAUAUGUUCAAUGUAUGUAGUGACGUUAUUCUAUGGGUUCAUCUUGCAAUAGGGAGCAACAUAUAUAUUAUACAUUAAAUAAAUAGUUAUUUAAAGAAGG